AUGCAACCACAGAUAAAGUAUGCCACACUCAUUCCCUACUUUGUACUUGGACUACUUGACACGUCACUUCUCAUAUUUCUUGGACAAAGCAUCAACAGCACAUUUGCCGGAGUCUACGGCUUGUCUAUUAUGGGAGCUGCAGCACUCGGGAACGUUUUAACCAAUGUCUUGCUACUCCAGACUCAAAUUCAUUUCGGACAUCUUGUAGGGAAAUUCGGCUUGAAGUUGCCAGUUCUAUCAGCGGAGCAGGUGCACAACAAAGAUUUUGAGACCGUGAGAAAUUUUGCGAAGACUUUGGGGUUGGUUGUGGGCUGCCUAUGUGGAAUGUUCCCAUUAUUAUUUUACAAUAAUUUAACCCAGGAAGAGCUUGAAAGGAAGGAAAAGGCACAACGUCUACGAAGGGGGGCUCCAAUAGAUGAUGAUGAAAUGAUGCAGAUGGCUGAUAAAAUGGUUGAAGAGCAACGCAAAGCUGAAGAAGAAGAAAGAUUAAAGAAUUCGUAUUCAUAUAAGCUUGGGGAGAUAGCUCAGAACGUGAUUGAAUUCUUCACAGAAAGUGCCGAGUGA